AUGUGGUGUGUUGUGGCCGCAUCACUGUUCACAUCGAUUCUCUUUCUACUGUGCGGUGGGAAGAGCAAGUCCAAAUCAAAGCCGUUGUCGUUUCCGCAGCCGUCCGCGGAGCGGAGUAAGAGGGCGGGGAGGAAGAGCAAGACCAUCGAAGCAAAGGCCUCGUCGCCGAGUUCAGCUUACAAGGUGAGAGAAAGCGAUGAUUGGACUGCACUUCUCCGAUGCGGCUAUGAGGAAUGGUCUCAAAUUUUCGGGGGUUACAUAUACGCUAGGUAGAGUUGGUAUAAUAGGAGAAAUUUGAAAAAGAUCGGGGAUUCGAAUUUUUUCUUGAUUUUUCGGGUCCCGACUUUUCGGGUCGAUGACAGUUUUUCAACGUCGAUUUUCUCGAAAACUAGGGCCCAGACGCAAAAACUGUUUUAGCUCUUACCGUUUUCGAAUAUGGAAAAUCAGAAUAUACCGGUCCCGCAGCUCAACUCAUUUGCGAUCUGAACGACUUCCCCUGUAAGCCUUCCCUAGCCUCCCUAAUGCAUACAACGACAAACCGACGCUAUCCAUAGUAUUGUUGACCCAAACUAUCGCUGACCCGAAAAGUCGUAGAUUACACGAGAUAUGUGCCUGUAGUGUAAAAUUAGAGAAUCUGAUGACUUUAUGGCCAAUAAUUUUUGACUUCAGGACAAAAUAAGACCAAUACCCCCAAACUCCGAACGAUUGAAUGUCCAGACGGCCAAGGCGUUGCGGCCGGUGAGGAGAAGUGCUACAGAGCAGCUGAAAGAUCCACCGAAAGUAGACUGUGAAAAAGUCGAGGAGCCCACCAAAUCCGACGAAAAAGACAAGAAAAGGUGAGAAUUUUUGGGAUUUUUGGGGUUUUUAGAAAAAAUUUUCAAAGAAAUUUGGUUGGAUUAUGAUGUUUGAAACCUGUGGAACAUUUUUGACUAUUUUUUAAAAAGUAAAAUUUUUGAAAAAAAAAUGAAAAAAUGUCUUUGAUUUUCCGGAGAUUUUAUAGAUGAUUUCUGGCAAUUUUUCAGUUUUCAAGCAAAAUUUCACAAAUUUCAUUGGUUGAUUUUUACACUAUGAGACCUGAAAACCCAGUAAAUUGUAUUUCCAUCAAAUUUUAUCCACUUGUUUUUCAGCAAAGAGCCCAAAACCGGAAACAGUGAGAACAAGACAGAAGGUGAUAAAAAGGAGCAGAAAACGAAGGGCACCGAAGCCGAUGAUGAAGAAGCAGAGACUAUUUGCGAUGUCACAAAGCUUAAGGUACGGUUUUUGACUUUUUUCGAGGCGAUUUUUACAUUUAUUGGCAACGAGUUUGAGUCCCGCCACGAAAACUUGAUUUUGAAAAUUCUCGCCGGAAACCGUUAAACGCGUUUGAAAUCCGUUGAUUUUAGAACCUCGGAAGUCUGGAUUUGAAGGUCAACCAGGAUAUGGAGGCUAUGAACCGCGAAUCUUUCGAAAUGCCGUCCCGCCAUGAAGAAGGUCCGCGAGCCGAAACUCACAGUAACAAAACGGUGAAACGCGUGGUCAUAAAGGAUGCGGAAUGCAAGAUCUAUGAGACAGAUGAUGUUGAGACCGUCGAUGAUGAAGCUGAUCUACCAAACGUUGAUUUAUAA